CAGCGGUUCGAUGUACAAACGCGGGCUCAUGCAUAAAUUGAGCAUUGCGCAUGCGUACUCAAAAUUUMAAAAUGGCUACCAAUAAUAUAUAUAAGGUUGAAAGAGUGGUUAAAAAGGCAGUACUCAAAGGAAAGGUGAAAUAUUUGUUAAUAUGGAAGGGGUACAGUUCACAUGAAUGCUCGUGGGUAGAUGAAAACAGUUUGAGCUCAGAUCUUAUACGACAAUACAACAACCCGCCAGUUCCGUUGGGAAGACUCAUACAGAACAUAGAUGUCCUUAUGUGUGCCAUUGGACAUAAAUUAAAAAGUAAAUCAAGAUCACCUGUUGUUAUUUCUUUUCAACACGACUGUUUCCGAAGGCUAUUUAAUGGCAAAGGCAGAAUAUCUAGAGACAGGAAAGCCAUUAUGUUAGAAAAAGACGAUUUCAGUGUCUGUUUUGACUAUUUCCCUAAGUGUUGGAAUCAGUGUCUUGAUAAGAAUGGAGAUGGAGUUGAAAUUAAAUUUCCUAUUCGAGUUCAAAAGCGUUUUUCAUGGUCUCCCAAGAUAAUCACUUGUCAAAAUGGAGCUCUUAGUGAAUUACCAAGAAUGCCUCUCGAGAAACUAGCAAUAGAUUUUUUAAAACAACCUGUUUCUAUUUCUACUGAAUCAGAAAAUAACUUGUAGUUAAACCUUGUUUACAAAUACAUUUUUAUAGCAUUAAUCUUUGCAAGAUUGAUACAGUGUAGCUGAACAAACUGUGGCUUUGUGUUUUGUUUACUUUUAAAAGCUCAAAGUUAAAUAUUCAAUUUUAUUGAAAGCAUUGACAAAAUAGUCUUAUAACCACUGAAUAAUACAGYACCAAAUGUCAAAUGUUUGUCACUAAGAGAGCUUACAUGUUUUACUAUGUUUUCAUUGAGGCUGUUCAAUAAAACUCAACUGAAUAUAUCAAA